AUGAAGAACAAACUUAAAGCAGCGGCUGAACCGUUCCUUAAAUACGUCGCAAAUAGAGACGCCAAGAUAGCUGGAGAAUUGAGUCACCAAGACUGUUCUCAUGAUAAACGCUUUCUUGCCUCUAUAAAAUUCAAACUCCAAAACGGUCUGAACAUAGGACUCCGACAAGAACAAGAUGGCCUUUUAUUGACAUUGGCAAUACACCAGGGAUUCUUGGAAUCUCUCCAGUACCUAAUCGAAGGCGGCGUCGAUAUUAACCAGCCAUAUCUCCUUCUAUCUCCCCUUAUGCACGCUGCACAAUUCGGAAAGCUAGAAUGUGCUCGCAUUUUGCUGGAUAAAGGGGCAGAUAAAGAUUGGAGAGAUGAAAAAGACGAUACAGCUAUUAUCAAGGCUGCAACUGCAAAACAAUUCGAGAUGGUAGAGUUUUUGCUAGAUGAGGGGGCAGAUCUUAUGGGAGGAAAAUAUUAUCGGACGAAUUUAGCACGCCUAUGUGUUGAAUCUCCUCAGUGCCUGCGGAAGGUGUUAAAGCGCUUACCCGGUGCGAUACAAAUGAAGGACGAGUCUAAGAUCACUGCAAUACACAAUGCUGCCAUUCUAUGCCAAUUUGAGGCCGUCAAGAUACUUACGGAAUUUGGCGCAAAUGUUAACAUCAUGGGGCCGGAUAAGAUCACACCGCUCAUGGAUGCUGCGCGUAAUGGAAGUCAGGAGAUUGUGCAGUAUCUUCUCGAGAAGGGUGUUGAUGUUAACCACCAAGACCUCCGAAAAUCGUCAGCUCUGCACGAGGCUGAGACGGCGGGAAUGAUCGAUAUUCUCGUCAAGGGAGGCGCAAAAGUCAACGCGGUAGAUGUUGAUAGCAACACUGCUCUUCAUCGUCGCGUUAAUGCACGUGAGCCCAACCUACUUGCUAUCAAAAAACUGGUUGAAGCCGGGGCAGACGUAAACGCCAAGGACAAUAGCGGACGUACACCGCUUAUGCGCCUAUCUUCUGUGAAAGAAAGCAGCGUCAUCCCCAUUACCAUAUAUCUGCGUUCCAAAGGGGCUCGAUCCUAA